AUGGCAGAGGCGGCAGCUCCGAGUCCGUUAAAUAAGAAACUUUGGACAGAAUUGAGUAAAGUCAAAUUAUUGAAUGAAGACAGUAAUCUAAAACAGGGCAAGUUUUUUUACGAAAAUUCCUCAUUCGAGUAUCCACAAGACGAAUUGCCCGAGAAUUAUGCCCAAAAUGUCAUCGUUGGACGAUUAUGGUUAACAUCGAAUAUCUAUAAAAAUCAUGCUCUUAAAAUUGAAAUCCAUCUACCACCAGGUUAUCCGAUGAAACCACCUGAAGUGGUCUUAGUGACACCAAUCUAUCAUCCAAAUGUUGACGAAAAAAAUCGAAUAUGUGAUCAUCGUUUAAAUGCUUCUGAGUCGUGGAACAAUAAAUCGACUUUGAUCGACGUUCUUGAGAUUAUCGUUGACGCUCUUGAUAAUCCGAAACCUGAAAAUAUGCCAACGAAUACCGACGUCGCUAAGGAAUUCAUGCAAAAUCGAGCUGAAUACGAACGAAAGGCGACGGCGAUGAUUCAGAAGAACGGAUUACCUCGAUGA